AUGUCGACCAAGCAAUGCUAUCAGCUUUUUGACUUGCGACUUGUCCCCACUGCUAAGCCUGCCUUGUGCAAGCUCAACUUUUGGAAGGCGGUUCCGGUUGUGGCCAAAAUCAGCCUUCGCCAGCCUAAGGAAGUGUAUGAGGAGGCAUCGCAAGUAAGCUACCAGUUUGAUGCAGAGCUGGACAACACAAAAGUCACAAUGGGCACUCUGGACAACCUUGGAAUGCUUGGUAGGGAUUAUUCCUUCUGGUCGUUUUGGGAUACAAGCAGCCUAGUGACAAACAACAAGUACCCCUUGUUGGGUGAGCAGAGUGGGCUGAACUUGUAUGUGACCAAAACCGGAACCGACACAGUGGAGUUGGAACAUGGCCUUGAUGGAUCAAGUUGCCAAUCUACAAUCAGUAUUCAGACUGACGGCACUUGGAAUCACGUCGCGGUUGUCUAUUCAGCUUCUGCACAAACCUCCGAAUUCUACGUCAACGGGCAGCUUGAAGACUCCACUUGUUCUGCAUUCAGUCCAUCAGAUGGCACUGUCGAGUACGGUGGUGGUGGCGGCCAAGGACAAUGGGCGGGCAGCUUGCAGCAAGCCAGGCUUUACACUGAGGCCAUUGGAACAGAGCACCUGCUAAACUACACCAACUGGUGCUUGAGCUACAGCUGUAGCGCAGGCUAUCGGCGCAAUUCGAGAAGAAGACGUGUUGUUUGCGCUACCCCUACCUGCUCCGAUGCUGAGUGUUGCGAGGCUUGGCCGGCAUGCAGUGAUGCGGACUGCACAAUUGACUCAAAGUACACAUCAAGGAGGCGCAGCUACUGCUUUCGCAACUGCACUGAGAACCUUUGUUGUACUUGGCGAGUUCUUGGCAGCUUUGAACUUUUGGACUCUUUGGCACCAACAGUUGCACUGGACAGCAAUGAGUGGGAGGAUGCAGGCUCCAACUGUACGGAUCAGUUCGACGACGCUCUCCCAGUGAAUCGAACUGGCACUGUGGAUCGCACAACAGUGGGCAGCUACACCCUGACCUAUGAUUGCAUGCAAAAUUCGGAAGAUGUCAUUCUGGCUACACUGACCAGAACAGUUGAGGUGGUGGAAAGCAUGUACAUCAACCCUGACCUGUAUUGGAUUGUUCAACGUGAAGCCGGAGUUUGGAGUGAUGCUGUGUCUCAGUGUUACGAUACUGCAGAUACCUUCAACGCAGAGAUCGCUGACAUGCAUCAGUACUUCAACUGGUCUGCUGACACACGGCUUUUUCUUGGAACGUCUGGUGGCAGCACCGAGGUGAACUACACUGUGAGCUACCAUUGCUCUUUGACAGACGAGGUCAUUAACAAAACUCUCAUGGUGCGGGAUGCGAUACGUUUGUACGGGCCAGAUCCACAUGUAGUGCGAGCUGGUCGGCUCCGAUGGAAUCAGGGGCAAUGCGAAAUCUGUGACACUUCAACGACUGACCUGGAUGAAUCUGCAUGCAGCUACUCACAUGACAAUUCAACGACUGCAGACAAGUGCGGCUUGAGUUCCACAGGUUGGAAGGCGAGCGCGAGCGAUGGGGCUGGGGCCUAUGUGGAGCUUGACUUGGGCUCUGAUUUGCAGGUGACAGGAGUUAUCACAAAAGGCCAUUCCAUCGAGGAAGCCUGGAUCAAGACCUUCACGGUCUCGUACAAGACAAAUACUAGCUCAGAUUGGGUGGAGCUUUCGACUACCUUUCCAGGGAAUGAGGACCAGAGCUCUGAGGUGGAGAACAUGCUGGACGCAGUUGUGGAAGCGAGGUACUGGCGAAUCACGGCACAGACCUUUGAGAAUGUGGUUGCUGCGCGAGUCGCCAUGAUGGUGUGCCAGUCGACUAGUAGCAGCACUGAUGCGUACUGUCCCUGUGGCUACGUUGUUGAUGACAAUGAGCUGUGCCGGACAGAUGUCUUAGCUGAUUGCAUUGAUUCCACGGGCCUUUUGACUGACUUUACGACUUAG